AUGAGACACAACCCCAGCAUCCCCACGUACCAACUUUGGCAGUCUAUCUUACUCAAAAGACUUUAAGACUGUUAUGUGGACACACCAGCUCUCACCAACAUCUUGUCAGCCAGAGCGUGUGCAAACCAGAAUGUCAGUGGCCUCUCACCAUGUUUCCCCUCUUCCUGGGAAGUUGUCAUAAUCAAUAAUCCAUUAAUUGUGAGCUUGUUCUCUCUGGUUAAGCUGGUGCUCAGAUGACAACUAAAGGAGAAAUGCCUUCCAGCAUCACAAACAUUUGGAAAAGGAAGAAAGUUCAAAGGGGAAAAAAGUAAUAGGCGGCCGGCUGUCACCCAAGCGCCACCCCAGGACAUUGGGACCACAGCCGGGCAGGGCGGAGUGUUGCUUCCGCAGAGACUCACAGUGUGCCGGGCACAGGCGGGAGAGGGCAGCUCCCGAGGGACUGUACCUUAG